GUCCAAUGUGGGUCAAUUGUCAUCUGACGACGAUCUUCUUUGCAGGGUUCAUCGUGGGGUACGUGAACUCGAGUAAGCCACGCAGUGAUUAUUGUUCCUACAUAAGAGUCUGUCCGUGAUGUGGCUGCACGGCACAGAGGCUCCUGCCAUCUACUAUGCCCUCCAGUCCAGAGCAACAAAGGUGCACGCAAGCCACUCCAUCCCCCGGCGACGACAUGCCUCUCGCCGCGUUUUUCGCUCAAUUCGCAUCCUUCUCAUUCAACAAAAACCAGUCCUCAAACAAGAACUUCAGUCGUCUUAUCAAAACCCUCAAAUGUAGCCCCGAAGACUCUCCGGGGAAACGUGUGUUGCGGGAGGGGUUCAAUGACGCACUCGUUCAGGAAUUCAACACGCGCUUCGGAACUGAUGGGAACAAUAUUUCCAACUGGCAGAACCUGUGUCAUGUGCCAUCAGGGAAAAGCUCCUUUGAGAAAUUCAUUUAA